AUGGUUUCAAUAAAAAGAGGUACGAUCACAGAGUUUGUCCUCCUCGGUCUUUCUGAUGACCCCAAACUUCAGAUCAUGAUUUUCAUCUUUUUGUUGAUCACAUAUCUAUUAAGCGUCAUGGGAAACCUGACCAUCAUCACCCUAACUCUGGUGGACUCCCAUCUGCAGACACCCAUGUAUUUCUUCCUCAGGAACUUCUCUUUCUUGGAAAUCUCAUUCACAACUGUAUGUAUCCCUAGGUUUCUGGGGGCAAUUAUCACCAAGGACAAAACCAUUUCCUAUAACAACUGUGCGGCCCAACUCUUUUUCAUCAUGUUCAUGGGUGUGAUGGAGUUUUACAUCCUAACCGCCAUGUCCUAUGACCGCUACGUGGCCAUCUGCAGACCCCUGCACUACACGACCAUCAUGAACAGGAGACUCUGCACCCUGCUGGUGCUGUGCACCUGGGUCGGUGGCUUCCUGACCAUCUCCCCUCCCGUUAUGCUUCUGCUGCAGCUGGAUUACUGUGCUUCCAACGUCAUUGAUCACUUUGCCUGCGACUACUUUCCCCUCUUACAACUGUCCUGCUCAGACACCUGGUUCCUGGAAGUAAUGGGCUUUUACUUUGCCUUGGUUACUCUGCUCUUCACUUUGGCAUUGGUGAUUUUAUCAUACAUGUACAUCAUCAGGACCAUCCUGAGAAUUCCAUCUGCCAGUCAGAGAAAAAAGGCUUUCUCCACUUGCUCCUCUCACAUGAUUGUCAUUUCCAUUUCUUACGGAAGCUGUAUAUUCAUGUACGCUAACCCCUCUGCAAAGGAAAAGGCAUCAUUGACCAAAGGAGUAGCUAUUCUCAACACCUCUGUUGCCCCCAUGCUGAACCCAUUCAUUUACACUCUAAGGAACCAGCAAGUCAAGCAAGCCUUCAAAAACGUGGUGCAGAAAGUAGUAUUUUCCACAAGCAAAUGA